AGGCAUACAUGGGAUAUAUGAUGUCAUAUCCCGGUGGCCGAGCACUCUGGGGAGAGAAGGGCAACUUCUUUUGGGCAGAAACACCUGGUGGGAUUCCUGAUAAGAAACAGUAAGUGUGUGUACAUAUGAGCAAGUGAGCGUGUAAGAGUCAGUGUGUGUCCAAAAUCCAUUGUGUGUGUGUAAGGGCCAGUUUGUGUAUGUGUGUGUGCAAGAGCCAGUGUAUGUGUGUGUGUGUGUGUGUGUUUAAGCCCCAGUGUGUUUGUAUAUGCCUAUGUAUGAGCCUGUGAGGGCAUGUGUGCGUAUUGAUUAGUAAAACGUUUUCAUUUAGAGUUUAUUAUUUAUUUUUCCCAUUUAAAAAAUAUAUUCAUAUAUGUUUGUUUGUAUAUAUAUAUAUAUAUAUAUACACACACACACACUACAGAGUAGAACAAUCAGAGAAAGGGGAGAGACACAAAGGAGCAAAAGAGAUAAGAUACCCUAAAGGGGGAAAUACAUUUAGAAGGGGGAUAAAAUACAUAAGGGGUUUAGAAGGGGUUAAAAUAAAAUAAACCUAUCAUGCUUUUAAUGUAUCAUUAUCGUGAUACAUUUUGAGGGACCCUGUCACUGGAAUAUAGUAAAGGUUAUUAUGCAAAUAGUGGCAAAAUGUCAGUGAAACUACCUGAUUCUACAAUGUGCGAUAAAAUAAAGCUAAACUGGCAGCAUUCUUACGAUCAAAGGCAAGGUAUUCAGGCAGUAGAACGCUACAUGCUGUACAUAAAAUAUAAAAAGGAAAACGCACAAGAAGAAGCAUAUAUUGAUACAGUGCUGCUGAAAUGAACAUAAAUUAUGCAGAAGAUCAGCAGACACCAUACACAUCCAAUUAUAUAGGUAUCAAAACUACAUUACAGUAUGUUUCUUGCAUGAAAAUAAGAAUUUAGUCUCAUAUUAUGACCAUAAUCAGCUCCAUCUGUUUAGUUUGAUUAUUGAUGAAGGACUUAUUCUCUGAAAUAAGGCGAGUGUUACUUUCAUUAAAAUAUGUAAAUCUAUAUUGAGCUAUGCAGACAGCCACACCUGAUACACUUUCACGUAUUCAUAAUUCAUACAUUCCAUAACAGUAUGCUCUAAAGAGCCAUCUGGUGGCUACAGUGUGUGACAAUUUGUAUGAGAAUUCUGCUCUACACUUUGGUGUUUUAAUAUGAUUUUGCCAUUUGAACACUUUCCUUUCCUAUUGGACACGCUUCAGUGGUUCCUCAAGGAGGAUUGCAAAUACAUCUAGUAGAGAAUCAUGCAAAAAAUAUUUAAUGCUCAUUUCCAUUAAUGUUUAAAGGACCACUAUAGGCACCCAGACCACUUCAGCUUAAUGAAGUGGUCUGGGUGCCAGGUCCAGCUAGGGUUAACCCUUUUUUUUUUUAAUAAACAUAGCAGUUUCAGAGAAACUGCUAUGUUUAUGUUAGGGUUAAUCCAGCCUCUAGUGGCUGUCUCUUGACAGCCGCUAGAGGCGCUUGCAUGCUUCUCAGUGUGAUUUUCACAGUGAGAAGACGCCAGCGUCCAUAGGAAAGCAUUGUAAAUGCUUUCCUAUGAGACUGGCUGAAUGCACGCGCAGCUCCUGCCGCGCAUGCGCAUUCAGCCGAAGAGGAGGAGAGGAGGCGGAGAGGAGGAGAAGAGAUCCCUGCUCGGCGCUGGAGAAAGAGGUAAGUUUAACCCCUUCCUCCCCCCUCAGCGCCACGGGAGUGGGACCCUGAGGGUGGGGGCACCCUCAGGGCACUAUAGUGGUCCUUUAAACUGCUGGUGAUACCUAAACACAAUUACAUUAUAGUUGGGAUUUAUUUGUUAGUUAAAAAAAAAAUAUAUAUAUAUAUAUAAAUACAAAAAAACAACAACAAAAACUCCCAGUGCUCACAAUUAAAUUGUGCAAUGUAUAAAUUCCUAGUUCAAAUAAGGAGAUAUAAAUAUGUCAGUGAAUGAAGAUUGUUUUUUCCAGACAAUUUUUUUCUCCCACUGUCAGAGUGGUAGUUUAUGGUGAGAGGUAAGUAGCUUUCACAAUCUUUCAAUAUAUAUAUAUUGUCAAACAUAUAUUAUCGGAAUUAUAUAAAUUUAUAAACAUUAAUUCUCAAGAUACUGUGGACUGCAUGUCAUUAAAGGCUGAUUGCCUAUUGUAUUUUUCUGUGUAAUAUUUAAUUUUACUCAGGCUGUAGAUAGUUACUCAGGCUGUAGAUAGUUGUAUUGAGUUCUCUUAAGUCAGUAAUGACUGACUUUGGCGUCAUUUUUCAACAUGCUCAGUCUGCUGAACCAUGGGAUACGUAGUGCGUUGCGGUGGAAAGAGAUAUCAAAGGCUUAUAAUGUUGAAAAAAAUGUAUAAAAGAAGUUGCAAUAUUUUUGCCAGUAUUUUCCUUUAUCUGUUUUGCCCUGCUCAUCUGUUUUGCUAUUUUAAAUAGUGGCGCUGUCAAUUUAUAAACAAGAGCACAUGAAAAUAACCAUAAAAAUCUUGAAAGCUGUGUACUAAAAUAUAUUUAGCUUGUUAAAGGUGGCUGUGUUGGUAGUGGCAGUUACCCCUUUAUGGCUCCUCUGAAUAGCCUCUUUCUUAACCAGCAUUAAAAAAAAAAAAAAACAUACAGGUGGGGUUUAAGCUUUUCCAAGACAAAGAUAAAAAUUAAAAUGAUCAUGAAGUAUUUUAACACUAUAAAUUAUUGCACAAUUAUCGGUUGCAAUCACAAGAUGUUUGAAGUUCUAAUGCCUCCAAGCUUUCCUGGGGCAUCCCAGGAGGUUGACAAUGCACCAUGUCCAUUAAACAGGAACACUCAGGAAACACAGUUGGUAGAUCGCAAGAUUUUAUUCCAGUAAGUAUAAAAGCAACUAUAGGUCCUAUGCAUUUCAUCCAGUUGCCUUGGACUUCCUCAGGGACCACUUACAUUAAACGUAUUAAGUAAAGUAAAUAAAAUAUGCAUAUUUGUUUAUGGCACUCAUUUGUUUUUAAUACUUUUAAUGUAAGCUGCCCCUGAGGAAGUAAUGUAGGACCUAUAGUUGCUUUUAAGCUUAAUGCAAUAAAAUCUUUAUAUUCACCGCCGGAGUUUCCUGAGUGUUUCUGGGAGACAUUCAAAGGAGAAGGUGCUGUCAGCCAUUGGAGAGAGGUUUGGAGGCACUAUAACUUCAAACAUCUUGUGAUUGCAACCAAUAAUUGUGCAAUCAUUUAUAGUGUUACAAUUCUUCACUAUCAUUUGCAUUUUUAUCUUUGUCUAGAAAAAGCUGAAACUCCACGUGUAUGUUUUUUAUGACUUAUAAACAAGUCUGAGUCAAGAGUGCACCUUUUUUUCCCAGAUAUUUUUUUCUGCCACUGUCAAAGUGGUAGUUUAUGGUGAGAGGUAAGUAGCUUUCACAAUCUUUCUUUUUGUUUAACCCCUUUACAUUAGCUCUCAUUUAUACACGAUUGUCAUACCCCGCAAUCAUUUAUACAUAAUUGCAAAGGAAAUGCAUUUAUUGCAAACAAAUUUAAUUAGCAAAUUAUCCCUAUAGUAUCCUCUGAAUGGUACAGCUCAGCGGCACUAAAAGCCACCUCACUGUGACUUUCAUUCACACAGCUUUGCACAGAGUCUAACUCUCCGUGUCAGCUCACUCAGUGCUGAUCCGGCAGGGGAGGGAUGAGCAGAGGACAGAUAAGCAGCCUGUCCUCUAUGUUUGAGCUGCUGCUGUCCAAGGAAAGUGAACAGGGGAAGAGCCCAGCAGUUCUAUCUCCAUCGCCUGCCUGCACUCACAGGGACAACAGAGGUGGAAGUAAAAUAUUAUAUCACCCUACUCCAUGUGAAACAUAGCAAAGGAGCAGCCGGGUGGACACUGCUGUGACAGUAACACUCACACAAAGCCAUCGGAGGGAGGCUGAAGGGGAAAGGAGAGCUGAGGGAGUUAAGCGGAGGAGGGUCAUCUACAAACAAAACAUGCAACAAAGGUUGGGGUGGCUGAACAGGUAAAUACAGCCUCCCCACAUACAAUCUAUCCCCCCACACAAUCAUGCUAUCACAUCAGCCUCUCCCCCAACACAACUCAGCAACCAUGUCACAUGACCCCUCUACCCGCACACACAGUCAGUCAACCUGUCAUAUACCCCCUUGAGCACACGCAGUCAAUAACCCUGUCACAUCAACCCCUCACCACAGUCAGUCACAUCAUCCCCUAUCCUCACACUCAGUCAGUCACCCUGUCACAUCACCCCCUCUCCCCACACACUCAGUUAGUCACUAUGUCACAUUACCCCCUCCCCUCACACAUAGUCAGUUACCCUGCCACAUCACCCCUACCCCCACACACAGUCACCCUGUCACAUCGCCACAUCCCCCCCACACAGACCGUCACCUGCCACAUCAUCCCUCACACAGUCACUCCUCACACUUAUCCCUCACACACAGUCACAUUGUCAAAGUCACCCUGUUACACUCACUCUGUCACAACCAUGCCACAGUCAUCCUCAUAAACACACAGGCACCCUUAGGCACAAGAACCACCCCACAGAAUGUAUCCCUCAUACUCACACAAUCACAUGUAUGUGUCACUCUGUACAUCAGUGUGUUUAUGUGUGUGUGUAGGUGCAUGUAUAAGAGAGUAUAUGUGUAUGCGUGUAGAUAUGUGGAUUUAUAUCAAUUUGUGUAUGUAUGCGUGCGUCUUUUUGUGUGUAUCCAAAGUGGCAGUUUGACUGCAAUGUAAGGGUGAUAUGGUAUUGGUAAUGUCAUGGUAAUGUGGCAAUAUAUACAAUAUUGACGUAUGUGUGUAUAUAUAUAUAUAUAUAUAAAGAAUAAAAGAUAAGGGCUGCGCCAAUGCAAAAUAAAAUAACAAAUAGUCCAAGUAAAUGAAUGUAGUAAAACAAGAACGUCUUAUCUAGAAUAUGCUCUUGGAGGUCAUGGAAUCUAUCCGUGCUUGAUCCGGAACAAUUGUCCUUUUUAUGUUCAUCCGUCAGGGUCCGCUCGUAUAUAGAAGAUAAAAGAGUGGAGAGCCAAUAGUGUAAAAUGCUUAAAACAAUAAAAAUGAGUAAAAAGGGAAAAAUAAAACUCACAUUUGAAAGAGCUAAACUUGCUCUAGUAUAGAAGGCGUACAGCGGUUUGAUCCCCGCUUAUGGGAUAUAGGGUGGACUUCCUCCGUCAGUGGUGUAUCCAACACUCGGGUAGAAAGAAACAGCCAAUAGUGUACACUGAGUAAAAUAUUGGUAAUAAAAUUAAAUUUUCCUUGACGUAGCGCUGGUGGUAUAAUCCCCACCUAUAAUUUCUUGGAGUCCGGGAUGUUAAAAGGAUGCCAGGUAGUAAAUGAAUUAGAGUGUAUAAAAGGAUAAGUGGCACAAAUAAAAAGUAACCAAAUAUACUUUAAUAUAUAUAAAAUACACAAUUAAAAGUCCAUAAACGCGUUUCGCCAACAACGGCGUUAUCAAUAUGGGGUAAGCAAGUAUUUAUAUAUUAUAUACACACACACACACACACACACACACAUAUACACACGCACAAUGGAGUGUGAACAAUGUAUAGGUGAGAGGAUUAUAGACUAUGUGAGGGAAAAAAAGUAAUUAUGUUACAUAAUGAGAAAUGUGAUUUAUUUACAACUCUGUUUUCCUAUGUGUAAACUCAUUGUUUUUCUGUCCAGUCAAAAUGUUUGUUUUUGUCUCCAUUAAAUAAGGUUACCCAAGCAUACCCAACACCCAAAAUGCUCAGAUUCUGGAGGUGUUUUUAUUUAUUUUUUUCAAACUAUUUGGUAGUGAAGGGGUUAAGAACAAUAAAAAAAUCCAUCAGGUUGCGAUUGUGGAUUUUUUACCUGACAAUUACAUUUUUUUUCCUAUUAAUAUUCCUCAUUUGUCUUACUUUGUAGUAAAAUGGUACAAUUAUCAGGAACAAAAAGGAGAAAAGAAUCCUAA